UUUGUUCUAAGCAAGACACAGCUGACUGGCCGACCGACUUUGAGGUGAGACUUCGUGAAAAAGAUUGCAGCGCCGUUGAGUUCAUGUUGCUCCCCGCUGAGGCCCCCGAGAACUCAGCCGAAGCCAAGAAUGGAAGACGAGGAGACAGAGUUGUCCCUUCUGGCGGACCUGGUGCAUAUCGAGAUCGGACGACGGGAAAAACGACCUCAUUGUAACAGAUGCUGUCGACCUGUGGCUGUGUGCUGGUGCCAGAGUCUUGACAAACAGAUAGUGGAGACAUCAUGCCGAGUUGUGAUACUCCAGCACCCACACGAGGAAAAGCGAUGCCUUCGCACUGCCCCAAUGCUGCAGGCGGCUCUUCCCAACGGAGCCUAUAUGCAAGUCAAGGGAAAGAGGUUCUCAUUGACAAGGUAUCCACAGCUAACAGACAUUUUGACAAGUGAGAAUUCAAUUUUGAUGUAUCCAGGAGAAGACGCUAUGAGCCUUGAAGAACUGCCUCCUGUCGGGAAGAACCAGUCCCCGUACAACAUAAUUAUCAUCGAUGGGACGUGGCAGCAGGCUAAAUCAAUGUUCCAUAAUUGUCACCAGCUGCAUUCACUGAAGCAGGUAAGACUGACUGGGAAGUACACCAGCGAGUAUGUCAUCCGCACGCAGCCCACCGAGGAUGCACUCUCAACAGUUGAGACAGCUGCCAUUGCCCUGGCCACUCUUGAGCAAAAUUGGUCAAUUUAUGAUGUUUUGGUUCGACCACUACAACUUCUUUGCCAGUACCAGAUGAAUCAUGGUGCAGUGCCUCACCAAAGUAAAGAGUACAUGAUUGUAUCAGGACUCUACAAGAAGCCACUUGGGAAAAGAACCUACAAAAAACUGCGCAAGUGUGGAGCCAAACAGGGUGAUACUCUGUCUGAAUUCAUGGACACGCUGGUGAACGAAUACGAAAAUCACGAGGAGGAGAAUGAUGACAGUGUACACAGCGCCCAUGAUUCAAGUCCUGCAGAACAAAGCAGAGAGGAUGCGCAAGAAGAGAAUGACCCUUUUUGUCACUUGGACAAGGAAUCCGAAGUGUCCCAGUUAGAUUAUACCCCUUCAGAUGGGAAGCUCAUGUCUUAUGAUGAGAUCAGAUGAUACAUUGUCUGUCUGAUAGGGCAUAUCUUAGGUAUAAUUCUUUGUGAAGUGUAUAGGUGAAAUUUACAUGUUAAAUGCUAGAGCAAGUUGUGAGUUUGGCAGAUUUUUAAAGGUUGUGCUUUCUGCUUCAAAAGAUAGUCUGCCAAAAUUAAGCAAAGAUAAGUGUGAACUUCUCUUGUAUGGAAACAGUUUAGUUUUCCAGUUUUUAUAGUCAUAGAAGAUUUGGAUCUCGCUUAAUUAUAGGCUAUGAUGAAUGUAUUGUGGCCACGUGUAGACAGUGAAUAAACGGUAAGGAACAAAUUAAUUCUUUUUGAUAGAGCUGAAAGUUGUCUACCAUAAAUUGCAAUAAAUUUGACUGAUGUCAAUACCUGAAAUUUUUUAAAGUUGAAGUAUUUUUCAUAAGAAAGAAAUAUAAACAUGCAUUGGGUCUUAAGCAGUUAUUCAUGCUUUCAUAGUGUAUGGAUUUAUUAUCUCUGAUUAAGACAUUGGAAGAAUCUUUGAGUGCAUGAAUGGUUAAUGAAAGGACCUGACGUUUAAAUCUAGUAUCACCCAGCUCAACACUGAUAACACUGAGUAUUUUGUUUGUCAUUUUGUAAAGAAUUUUCACCUUUAUAGUCUGUUUAUCUAAUUAUCACAAAAAAAUUAUUAUAAACAAAUUGAACCACAUUUUGUUAAGAGAAGUUAUAAAAAGGAAUUUCAUGAAACUAAUUACUAUUGGUAAUUAUCAUUAUUACUAUUGUUUUUAUGUGGAUAUUAUUAUUAUAGUUAUUAUAAUUAUUACUACUUGAAUUAUUGUUAUUAUUAUCAUUAUUAUUUACUGUUAAUGUUAUUAUUAUGUAUGAUAUUAUCUUUCAUUAUCAAUUCUGUCUGAACUGAGUGAUAUUCCAAGUAAUAUUUAUUACUAAGAUUUACUUUUAUUAUUAUCAAUGUGGCUGUGUACCAAAUUAGAUAGCAAAUAUAUUAAUGCAACCUUA